GUGGAGCUGCUUGAUACUGUAUGGCCCCAGAGACAGUGAGGUCUUGUUAAACACCAGAUAUUGUUGCUUGUCUGAGUUUGGAUUCUGGUCUAAGCAUGAUCAGUCUAAAGAUGAGGGAACAUGAAGCAACUUUGUGGCUUGGAACUUGGUUUCAGUAGACUAGGUUUCAGGCAUGGCACUCCAGGGGAGACUUGGGGUUUGACACAGCAAAGCUGCCUAAAAGUAGGUCUCCAGGUCUCCUGGAACCAGAUUUUCAAGCCUUUCUUGAAAAAGGGGCUUCAUGUUCCCACAGCUAAACGGUCCUUAGAAACCUCACAGGCCAGACCAUGGAGAGCUGUCAUUAUCUCCAAUAACACACUCUUCUGUAGCUGCACGCACUGGCCUUCACCUGCUGGAUAACUGAACCUGACUUUUGACUCGAUUGAUAACCUGUCAAAGGAUGAUUAUCUUAUAGGAAGAUAUAUUUCUUCCAGUUCCUAAGGGGUAAAAAGAAACAAAGCACCCCAUAUACUUGUACAGAAAAAUUCAAGGUUCAAUUUUUGUAUGAUCACGUUACUGUAAUGUGCGGUCAGGACACUAAACGUGCUACACAAUAGCCAACUCCCCUAUUAUCAGUCAGCAUAAACCCAGUGUGGAAUGCUGAUAACGCAGCAAUCCAGGCACUACUGAAGCAGUAUUAUUAUCCUUGACUCUGGGUUGAGCUUUUAAAUGAGUUACACUUGGAGUCUUUUCCUGAGGCUUUUGUCUUUCGGUUGCAUUUUUAAAUGAGAUGCUCACAUGUACUAAGUGAAUGUACAUUUACUUCUGUGUUAAUGGUUACAAAGCCACUACAUCAUUACAAUUAAAUGCAAAAACUGUUCUGGACCAGUGAUCUCAAAGGGCAAGAGAUGUUAAAGUAAACAGAACAAUGCUGAAGGAGGAGGAAUACUGCAGGGAGAAGAUCCAGAGGAACAGAGAGUAUUAAGCCUAAUCAGAGAAGCUAGACCAGACCAUGAAGCCUUGCAAGAAGGUGCUGUCAUUCGUGAACAGUCUCUCCCGCAGGAAGCCCCUGACUGCAGACGGAGAGACCAACCUCUGCCGCUGUCUGACCACCAUUGACCUGGUGGCCCUGGGGGUGGGCAGCACACUGGGAGCCGGAGUCUACGUGCUGUCAGGAGAGGUGGCGAGGGCGACUGCAGGGCCCAGCAUUAUCAUCUGCUUUCUGGUCGCAGCCAUCGCCUCCAUCUUCGCCGGGUUAUGCUACGCAGAGUUUGGCUCCAGAGUACCCAAGACGGGGUCGGCUUAUUUGUACAGCUAUGUGACUGUUGGGGAAUUGUGGGCAUUCAUCACAGGAUGGAAUUUAAUACUUUCUUAUGUCAUAGGAACUUCAAGCGUUGCAAGAGCGUGGAGUGGCACUUUUGAUGACCUGCUUGGCAAUCAGAUGGCUCGUUUUCUUGUCGAACACACUGGAAUGGGGUUGCCAGGUUUGGCUCCCUAUCCAGACUUCUUUGCUGCUGGUCUCAUCAUGCUGCUAGCAGGUCUCCUUGCAUUUGGAGUGAAGGAGUCGGCGAUUGUGAACAAAGUCUUCACAGUGAUCAACAUCCUGGUCCUAGUGUUUGUUAUUAUCAGUGGAUUCAUCAAAGGAGAUCUCAAGAACUGGCAAAUUGGUGAAGACAGCCUUCUUAACGCCACAAUUGAGGACAGGAACCUGUCCUCCACUGUCAAUGUCACCAGUGCGUUUGGUGUGGGAGGUUUUUUCCCAUAUGGUUUCGAAGGUACUCUGGCUGGAGCUGCCACCUGUUUCUACGCUUUUGUCGGGUUCGACUGCAUCGCCACAACAGGGGAAGAGGUGAUUAACCCCCAGAAGUCCAUCCCUAUUGGGAUUGUCGCCUCCCUGGUAAUCUGCUUCCUGGCUUACUUUGGCGUCUCGGCCUCACUGACCCUCAUGCAACCGUAUUACCUGCUCAGCACGAACAGCCCGCUGCCUGUAGCCUUCGACUAUAUCGGAUGGGGUCCGGCUAAGUAUGUGGUGGCUGUGGGCUCUCUCUGUGCCCUGUCCACAAGCCUGCUGGGGUCCAUGUUCCCGAUGCCCAGGGUUCUCUUUGCCAUGGCCAGGGAUGGAUUACUCUUCAAAGCCUUGGCUAGAGUCAGUUUACGCCAGAGUCCAGUUAUAGCAACUCUCACAUCUGGAACAGUAGCUGCUAUCAUGGCUCUCCUGUUUGACCUAAAGGCCCUGGUCGAUAUCAUGUCCAUUGGAACUCUCUUUGCAUAUACAUUGGUGGCCAUUUGUGUCCUAAUCCUCAGGUACCAGCCUGAUUUCAGUAAAGAUGAUCCAGAUGAUCUGAAGAAAGAAGGGGGUGGGUCCAAACUUUGGUUCUUAAACCCCCCUCCAUACCCAACUCGUAAGACAUCCACCCUGGUGUCUUACUUGACAGUACUGAUAGCUGUCCUAAUCACUGGCCUGAGCGUCGUGCUGACAAAGGCAAUAAAGUCCCUACUGGAUAAGGAAGUGUGGAGCAUCAUCUUUGUGACCGUUUUUCUUCUGCUAGUCGUCCUCUGUGUCAUAAUCAUCUGGAGACAGCCCCAGAGCCCGGUCAAAGCCUCCUUCAUGGUCCCCUUCCUGCCGCUGCUUCCUGUUGUGAGCGUCUUUGUGAAUGUGUAUCUGAUGGUGCAGCUCGGAGGUGACACCUGGAUUCGAUAUGCUGUCUGGAUGGCGAUAGGAUUCCUCAUUUAUUUCGGCUAUGGGAUUCGUCAUAGUGAGUAUAGAACAAAGCUUCCCCCAGUCCAGGACCGGGUCAAGAUUGACACAAUCGCAUUGGACGGAGACGUAAUCAAACAGCAUAGCUUCUGAACAUGAGAGAUCUGAAGGAAUUGAAUCAGAGGAGACGUUGUCAAACAGCAUCGCUUCUGAACAUGAGAGAUCCAGAGCAAAUGGAAUCAGAGACAAAUUAGAGACUGUCCCUUUAAAAGAAAUAAUGGCGUUCUGCAAUUGCUAAGUGCCAAGUAAAAAUCUUAGCACAGGUAGAGGUAAACUAAAAACACCUUAAAGGGGAAGCAAUUGUGAGCUCUCCACAUUUGUAGGCCACAGUUUAGUCCAGUAUCAAGCACCCCAGCAGGCUGUGAAGGACUUGUUCCUCCUUUCAGCUUGUCUGGCCUAUGGUUGCAGUGUUAUAUAAAACACAGCAUAUAUUCAUAUCACAGGGAAUGCACAGAGCUGAGUUCAGAUCACACUGGUAAACAACAAGACCUCAGUGAAGAAAAUCUUUGUACCAGGCCUUUAGUACCAAGGGAUAUUUAUAAACCUAUUAAGACACUAAAAUGUUUUACUAGUUAUGUGUAUUAUAUUAAUUCAGAAUAAUGUGGGGCAUUCCUACAAAAACCAAACCAAACACUGAGGCGUCUUACUUUUAAAGGCAGUAUUAUAAAACCAAUCUUUUGUUUUUGCACAGAUGGUGAAUGUGGUACAUUUAGAGCAGAGAUGUUUUACAGCUUGUGUUAAACAACCUAGAGGGUUAGUUAACAGGACGGUGAAAAUGAAUGGAGGCAGAAAGACAGAUUUCAAUGGAAUACUUGACAAUCCUCAGUGUGGGACCACAGCCCAUACAAACCCACGAUAUUCUCUUUUAAAAGACUGAUACAAUUAAGCAUGGUACCGUUUUCAAGUAUCUCAGCUAGAGCCUGGGGAGAGGUGACCCAAUCUUGAACACAUAAUAUCAGGCCGGUAGGGUACUAGCCUCUACAGAAUAACACAGGAGAAAUAGGUGAACUAUUUGUGGAUAGUUACAGUGAAAGAAUAAUAAACCACUUACCUGGAGAACAGAAGUGCUGCUCAUACCAGCAUUGCAUAUGCCUGUAUAGCUUUUACAUACUGCAUUAAGUGAUCUGGGUUCCAUUGCAACAUACUGUACUGCAUUCUUCUUAAUCCAGGGCAUUCUAGCAGGGAUUCUAAAGGCAUAUUUAUCAUUGAGAUGUGAUUCAUCUGUAGGUAUUCUGUUGUCCUUUAUGAUUAAUAGUGCUGCAAUCAGAGGCAUGCAGUGAGGCAUCAUGAGGUCCCAAAGACCCCCACAUUAAAAUUGUGAACCCCAUUAUUAGUGCAGUUUAUAACAAGCGAUCUAAUGCCUUAAUAAUAAAUAAUAUAUUAGCAUAUGAGAUGUGUGACAGAGUGGAUACAGGUGCAGGAGUGAUGCAGUGCGUGAAUGAAGCAGACAGAGAAUUGUAAUCCGGUUUGGAAAAGGUUUUAUUUAUAAUUUCCAGGUCUGGCGACCAAACAGUAAUCCCCUGGCAGUACACAACAAUGUGUACCGCACGUGGUAUAUAACAAGGGGAUUGCAGUCCCAAAUAAUAAACAAUAAUAUCCGCCCCGCAAUAAUCCAGACACGGUCACCAGUCCUGGGUGCGUGCAGUAGUGCUCGUGGUGGGUCAUACAAGUUUAUUUUCGUGACAAUGGUGAAGUGAUGUUCCGGUUUAGUGCUGGAACCUUGGGGUCAGCUCUGGAACUGUGUUAGCUGUCUAGUAACGUACAAGACAAGAUAAUUACAAACAAACAAAACACAACACUCACCAUACACUUUUUGCAAUACGGGUCUCGCACAGUCCUUCUCAGUUCUAGCUAUUCAAACCGAAGGAACAGAUUACAAUUCUCCGUCCCCUUUUAUGCUGGCACACCUGACCCCUUGGUAAACGAGUGCACGGGCGGCGACCACACAUUCCAAACAUCCAUGCAACACUAUUGGUUGCAACUGUUAAAUGUAAAACAUGUCAAAUGUAGUACAUACUUAAUGUAACAAAUGUAAUCUAACUAAAUUCAAAUGAAAAGUGCUCACAGUAUUUGUAUUCCAAUCAUGUAAAAUUAAUAAUGUAUCUGUGUAACUCAAUAUAUGAAUUUCGUUUUUGGACGUCCUUGCUUACAGGGCAUUCAAUAUCUGUUUCUUCUUUUGUUUAAUACACUGUGUGUAUUCUGGCACUGCUGCGUGUGUUGCAUUGUACAUUACAGGGCAUUACAUUGAAAGCAUCAACGUUCGUGCAGUUAACACAUUUGACCUGAGGUGGCACUGUGUGCUAUGUAAAAACGAAAACCAUUAAAGUGUAAAAGAGGAAUACUAUCAAUCACAAUAUUCCGUUUUUAUUGACUGCCCCUAGAAACAUUAGUAGCAUAAGGGUUAAAAAUGACAAAUCCAAUAAUUAUCUAAAGACGUGCUUUAUAUGCAGAGUUAGAAAAAUAUACCAGCAGACUGCAUACUGUUUAGAUGUGAAUAGCACACUUCUCUUUCAGAAGUGAAAAGGUUAUAUUUUUUGUAACACUGUUAAAAGGACACAAAUUCUUUAGCCAAGGAAAGCACCGGUACAGGCAAUCACAAGCUCAGAUUGAAAUAACUUCCAUGCUGAGGUUCAGGGGUGCAGACAAUGUGCUCAUUCACAGGUCCUUACCUCAGUCUUCUUAAUCACAGCUCAGCCCAGCUAAUCCAAAGGAAUUCAGCGCAAAGCACAAACAGAACUGACUCAAGCAGCAGCACAGUCAAACCCUUAUGCUAUGGAACAUAUAGGGUAACGGCAACACGUUUCCAGUUACUGAUUAUCCAUGGUCCAUAAUGAUCACAGUCACAUUUUACUGUGUCAGAUAAUGCAUUGAGUCUCUAUAUAGAAAUGCAAAACUGGUUUACUCCUACAUUUUUUUUUGAUCCUGAACAAUGUGUCGUAAAUAGCUUUCUGAAUCGAAUCUAUGCUUUUUAAUGGCACUGACAUUGUACUGUGCUGUAUAGCUAUUGCAGCGCUGAUGUGCAAGACUCAUAGAUUGCAUGUGCUGUUCCAAUGCACUCUACCUUGAUUCUUAUCCAAAGUCCUGCAAUCUUAAUUCACAAGCAGUGAAUCACACCUAGUUCAUACUAGUAGACAGUGCAAACCUAGAUACUGUAGGUAAUGUGAUGCCACCACUCAACUGACUGAAGCAGCAGUGGCAGCAGUGUGGAGUAGCGGUUAGGGCUCUGGACUCUUGACCGGAGGGUUGUGGGUUCAAUCCCCAGUGGGGGACACUGCUAUUGUACCCUUGAGCAAGGUACUUUACCUAGAUUGCUCCAAUAAAAACCCAACUGUAUAAAUGGGUAAUUGUAUGUAAAAAUAAUGUGAUAUCUGUAUAAUGUGAAAUAAUGUAUAAUGUGAUAUGUUGUAACAAUUGUAAGUCGCCCUGGAUAAGGGCGUCUGCUAAGAAAUAAAUAAUAAUAAUAAUAA